CGUCUUUCCAUCCAAAGAUUCAUUGAAGAUGCACGCUUUUUUUACGGGAUUAUUCUCUAUGCUCCUUGCUAUGUUUAUGGCAAGAGACGCAUUCGGGGCUCCUUCGCCCAUGUAUACAAAGCACUCCACCCGCCGGUUUAUAACAAUCGGGCGUGAUGUCCAGAUCGAAACAUACCAUCCCAAGUCAUCGUAUGCGACGUAUGGAGAGGGAAAAGAGGCCCCGUCUUUCAGCAAUGAGGACCUGAAUAUGUCGACUAUUUCCUUUAUUGCAUCCGAGCUAGGGAUCGACUCCUCUGCUAUCGCCUACCGCUCUGGACGCUCUGCUGAGAACGGCAUGAGUUAUGCCUAUGUAACUCAAUACCAUGAUGGUGUUACAUUCGCCAACGCUGUCGCAAAUGUCGCUUUCAAGAACGGGAAUGCUGUCGCUUUUGGAUCGUCUUUUGUAGAUACAUACAAUAUUGCAUCGUCUUCACCAUCUGUAGCUCUUGAAUCUAUUAUUCCAAAGGUUGAGGAUGCGUUCGCUGCCCCAUAUAAUGGGAUUAGCUCACUUGAAUAUUUGGCGCAAUCAGAUGGUUCUGUUGCGCUCACUCAUGUAGUUCAAGUGAUGAAUCCCGAGGCGAACAUCGCCUACCAGGUGUUCGUCGAUGCUCAUUCUGGAGAAAUCUUAGCAGUCACAGAUAUGUCUGCUGAUGCGACAUAUACGGUUGUUCCUAUAACCAGCGCCUCUGUGGCAGAAGGGCAGGAAACUCUGGUCAAUCCAGAGGACUUUUUAUCUUCUCCUGCGGGCUGGGUACUGAGUGGACAGACUUUAGGAAACAAUGUUAUCUCCUAUAAGGGAUCUUCGACCAACACUACCAUUGAGUCAUCACCGGAAACCUUUGACUACCCUUAUGAUGUCACUGUAGACCCUGCGGAGGGUAGUAACGUUGAUGCGGCUCGCACUAACGCCUUCUAUGUCAUCAACAAGAUACACGACUUCACCUACAAAUACGGCUGGACUGAAUCCGCCUACAAUUACCAAAUCAGUAACUUUGGUCGUGGUGGAGCGGAAGGGGAUCCUCUGUUUAUAUCUGUUCAAGAUACGUUCGGUAUGAAUAAUGCCUAUUUCUAUGUGACUCCAGACGGGCAGCCAGGUCUUUGUCAAAUGUUCAUCUUCGAUUAUACAAUCCCGUAUCGUGAUGGAGCGAUGCAGAAUGAUCUCAUUGUUCAUGAGUAUACACAUGGUCUCAGCAAUCGCUUGACCGGAGGUGGAACAGCUACGUGCUUGCAGACCACCGAAUCCAGUGGAUUGGGGGAAGGAUGGUCCGAUGCGAUGGCCGAAUGGACUGAACAGACAAGUGGCAAUAUCACUGAUUAUGUUCUCUUCGCCUGGGCGAUAAACAAUCCUUCUGGUGCCCGCGAUUACCCAUAUUCUACGGAUCCUAGCGUUAAUCCACUCAGAUAUUCUUCUAUUAGGGAGCUCUCUUCGACUCACGAUAUUGGCGAGGUGUGGGCUAAUAUGCUGCAUAAUGUUUACGCAGCCCUCAUGGAGGUACACGGAUGGUCUUCGACUGCUAUGGAGGACGCUUCAGGAUUGGAAGGAAAUAUUGUCUAUCUUCACCUCUUCAUUGAUGCGCUCGCCCUGCAGCCGUGCAAUCCCACCUUUAUAUGUGCUCGUGAUGCAUGGAUCCAGGCUGACAUGAACCGCUACAAUGGGGACAACUCGUGCAUUCUGUGGAAUGUGUUCGCAAGCCGUGGUCUGGGAGUGUACGCUGAUAAUUAUGUCGAUGACGAGAACGUCCCUGAUAACUGUCGAGCGUAAAGAGAUGUUCCGCCGGUCCGGCCCAACUGAAUGAUUGUUAGGAUAUUUGAAUUGUACGAUUGUAUGCAGUAUGACUUGAUUCUGUUCCUGUAACAAUAUUGCUACGUUGACUCCAUCCCACCAUAAUCUUUUCUCGGUAUGCAAGAUUGGGUAACUCUAAGCGUUUAUCAUCCUAAGCAUGACAGCCGUCAGGAAAAUUAAGCUGAGGGUGAGGAACAACCCCUGUGCAGUACCGUUAUAAGAGUGCU